AUGGCCUCGCUAUCGUUGUCGCUCGAGGACUUGCAUUCGGUGGCUCUGCUGCGCGCCUUCUAUCUCGCUGCAUCACUUCUUAUCCUCGUCAUCCAGGCCGUUCCUGCCCUGCGCUCUCGCUUUCUUGCCUACGGCUCUCGUGUCGCUGGUCCAAGCGGGAGGAAGGUGCUACCCGUUCAGCAGCAGCAGCAACAGCCAGCUUUCACCCGCAUUCUCGAUUACGCCGCCUCGCUGCAGGUCCCCCAUAACUACUUCACCCAUUUCUAUAUUACAUCGGUGCUCUGUUCGCUGUUUUGGGCAUGGAGACUACGCGUCUGGGAAGCUGGUGGGCAGCAGCAGAUUGUCUGGGUGCUCAUGUUGCUUCAAGGCUUGCGCCGCAUGCUCGAGUCCUACGCAUAUACUUCAACGAGCAAGAGCCGAAUGUGGUUUGCUCACUGGGUACUUGGUCUCCUCUUCUACACCACGAUAAACAUGGCCAUCUGGGUUGAGACACCCAGAAACACUGCCGGUAAUUGGGCAUCCGUGCCGGGUGUCAUCACAGCCCAGACGCUGCAACACUCUUACCACAGCUAUCUAUAUCGUCUCCGCACUGAAAGCAACGACUACCAGCUUCCGUCGCAUACUGUGUUUCCCAAUCUCCUCUGUCCACACUAUACCUGCGAGGUCGCUAUAUAUGCGUUGCUGUCGCUCCUGGCAGCCCCAGAAGGUGGCUGGGUCAACUGGACACUAAUCUGCGCGACUGUAUUCGUCGCUACAAACUUAGGAGUGACGGCAGUAGGUACGAAAAACUGUUUACGGUUGAAAUUUCACCCAUCUACUAUUCUUCUUCUUUACAACAUGUCUGAAUCCGAAGCACCGAAGGAUCUCCCUGAGAUGGAGUACCGCUUCAUGGGCAAGAGCGGACUGCAGAUCUCUGCCAUCUCGCUUGGUGGUUGGCUCACUUACGGAGGACACGUUGGCGAUGACAACACAUUCGCCUGUCUUAAAGCAGCCUUCGAUGCUGGGAUCAACUUUUUCGAUUGCGCUGAAGGCUACGCAAAAGGCGAGUCGGAGAAAGUCAUGGGCCGCGCUAUCAAACAUUUCAAUUGGAACAGGAAUGAUAUCGUCGUCUCCACCAAGAUCUACUGGGGCACUCACAACUCCGCCCUUCCUUCGCCCCGCAACAAGAUCAACAACCUCGGGUUGUCAAGAAAGCAUUUGAUUGAAGCCACGGAAGCCUCUCUACAACGCCUACAGCUAAGCUAUGUGGACAUUCUAUACGCUCAUCGUCCGGAUCGCUACACUCCGAUUGAAGAGACUGUGCGCGCCUUCAACUACCUGAUCAAUACUGGCAAGACUCUUUACUGGGGUACAUCCGAGUGGCUAGCAUCGGAGAUCGAAGAAGCAUGGGCUGUGGCUGACCGCCUUGGUAUCAUUGGGCCUAUCGUCGAACAGCCAGGCUACUCGCUUCUUCGUCGAGACAAGGUCGACCAAGAGUUCAAAGACGCGAACCUCUACGGACGUCGUGGUCUUGGCCUCACUAUCUUCUCCCCACUCCAAGGUGGCCUUCUCACAGGAAAAUAUGUAGACGGUGUCCCCGACGAUUCGCGCCUCCGCCAGUCCGACGACCCUUACAUUCAAUCCGUCAUCAAAACUGUCGGGAGCGACGCCUGGAAUCAGCAACAAGACAAGAUCAAGAAGCUCAUGGACAUUGCUAAGAAGCUUGAUACUGAUGUUGCUACACUAUCUAUGGCAUGGGUCUUGUCCAACAAGAAUGUUUCAAGUGCUAUCACUGGCGCGUCAAGGCCAGAGCAGAUAUAUCAGACCGUCAAGGCGGUUGAUGUGUACAGGAAAUUGACAAAGGAGAACCUGGAUGAGAUUGAACAAGUCAUGGGAAGCAAACCUGCGGAGCUCACCAUGAGAUUCGGAUAG